AUGCGUGUCGGCGAGAGGUUAAGGGGCGCUGCUAGUUUGCCGAGUACUAAAUGUUACACUUCAUCAAAGGAACUUUACUGUAAUGGUACAGGUGUAGUGUUUAUAAUUCCUGAUGGAUGUAUGGAUGAUGGUGGCAUUGAUUCUGUUGGUGAUUCACUUGAAGUUUAUUGUGUUGACCAUAUAGCACGAUUUUGUCUGUCUGGUGAAGCUUGUCCAUGGCGUUCCCCUGUGCUCCCAUAUACUCCUCUAAGUGAGAGACAAACAUGUUCACCAGCUGGAUUAACAUCAGAUUACAUGGCUAAUGCUUCUUGUAGUCUAUGGAAUAAUCAUACAAACUAUAAUUGUUGUACCAAUGGACAAAUUUAUUUUUAG